GAAAUUGAUAUCUUAAAGUUCGAGCCUUGGGAUUUACCUGAGAGAUCGUUGCUUAAGUCGGAUGAUGAGAAUUGGUUCUUCUUCAGUCGACCAGAGUACAACAAGCAGAAAAAAAACAGGACCACACAGGAAGGCUUUUGGAAGAUCACAGGCAGAGAACAUCCGAUCAAGGCUCGAGACAACAGAAGUGUCAUCGGUAGAAAACCGGGCGGCCGGAGCCUUAUGGCGUGUAGAGUGUUCACUCUGCACACGAGGGUCCUUGGUUUGAUUUUCCCCUCCCCAAAUUCACUAUAUAUAUUAGAUGAAAAAAUAAUAACCAACACUUAUUUAUUGUUCCAAAUGCAGGAAGAUACUCGGCCACCAGAAAAUGGGGACUAUUUUGAGCGGGCAAGGGAUCUUUUGCUUGCAAAUUCCCUUAGUAAUAAUGAUCACAAUGCGUUUCCACCUGAAUUUUCAGCUAAUGACCAGGAGUUCCUAAGAACGCUUAUUGUUGAACCACAAUUUAGAGUAACCAGUGACACAGACAGGGAACCAGCCCAUCACCGGGUCCAGAGUUUACAAAUGCGUUGUGAACCACAAAUACUUUAUAAACUACAAUGUGGUUCGAGCCAGUCCAGACGAGAUACAGAUGUUAUACUUCAUAACCAGUUAUCCAGACAGGCUUCUUCCUCUGUCAAUGUAGCAUCCAAACCCCAGACUGAAGUUCAAUUACAGUCUGGUACAUAUCAAAGAGAACACAGACCACAACAGCAAUCAGGUCCCAUCAGUGUCUUUAGGGAUACUUCCGCUGACGAAUAUUAUACAAGGGAAAAAACACGCAGAAUAACAUAUCCAGCAGAAAAGCCCAAAGAACCUGAAAAACCUAAACCUCCACCAGAAAAGCCCAAAGAACCUCCAUAUCCUCGAACUGCUGCUUAUUUUCCCAAGAAGGUGCCUCAAGGCAGUAUGAAGCAGACAGAGAAUAGAACAACCUCCGGCAAUUGGAAGGGUUCCUUCAUUACCUGGCAAACAUCCCCAUUGACAAGUCCCCCAUCAGUCUACAUUUUCAACACGGUUCUAGGCACGAUUUUGUUCUUGUUUUGUGUCCGGGAAGUAGUUUUAUAUGGGGAGUGGAGCUAAACUCACUCACCAGAAAAUAGUUAAUUCUUGUUCUCUAUAUUCUGUAACACAUUGAGUAAUGCCAGUCUUACUGGGUACUUAUUGUUUGGUAUAAAAAUAUGCGCUAAUCUCAGCCAUGGCGAUGGUUUUGCAGUGAUGAAAUGUUCAUAUAUGCCUAUAGAAAUUAACAGUCUUUCUUUCUACUGACCAGAUGUAAGGAUGUAUUGAGGUCUUGAAUUGUAUUGCUGGAGUUUCGAA